AGUUAUCUAUGGCGGGGACAAGUGCUACAGAAGAGCAGUAAUUUUGACAUAAGCUCCGUAUCCACACGCAGUAAAUCGCCAUGUCCACCGUCUUCAACUCUAUGUCCAUUAUCGAUUUUAAACCUCUCGUGGCUAAACUGUUGAAAAUUUGGACCAAGCUUGUACAGAAGCUGGAUUCUUCAAUGCGGGACCCAGAUACUUAAGCAAAUCGACAUGUCCACCGACUUCAAAUCUCUUCCAAUUGUAGAUGUUAGUGCUCUUAUGGACAAAUGCGAUGAUCCAGACAUGGCUCACGAUCCAUCCGUAUAUGAAGUUGUUAAGAACUUGGACCGAGCUUGUAGAGAUGCUGGAUUCUUCUACGUGAAAGGCCAUGGUAUACCUGAUUCUCUCAGUAAAGAGGUUAAAAUGAUGACACACAAGUUUUUCAGUCUUCCUUAUGAAGAAAAAGCAAAAAUCAAGAUUACUGCUGCCACUGGAUACAGGGGAUAUCAGGGAAUUGGAGAAAAUGUAACCGAAGGCACUCGUGACUUGCAAGAAGCUAUUGAUUGCUAUACAGAAAUGACACCAGGGAUGUAUGGAGCUCUUGGCAAACCCUUGGAAGGAUGCAAUCAAUGGCCAGUUGAUCCACCAAACUUUAAAACACUUAUGGAGGAAUAUGUAGCCCUUUGCACAGACCUGUCGAGAAAAAUCCUUAGGGGAAUUGCUUUGGCAUUGGGUGGAGCAGCUGAUGAACUGGAAGGUGAAAUAGCUGGAGAUGCAUUUUGGGCAAUGCGCAUUAUUGGUUACCCAGGUGUAAAGAAAAGCCAAGAUUUGACUGAAAAUGACAUAGGAUGUGGAGCUCACACAGAUUAUGGUUUGUUAGCAUUGAUUAAUCAAGAUGAUGAUAUAACUGCACUUCAGGUGAGAAACCUGUCCGGCGAGUGGAUAUCCGCACCCCCAAUUCCUGGAACAUUUAUAUGCGUCAUUGGGGACAUGCUUAAGAUUUGGUCAAACGGCAUGUAUGACUCAACACUGCAUCGAGUUAUCAACAACGCUCCAAAAUAUCGAGUCUGCAUAGCGUAUUUUCAUGAGACCAAUUUUGAUUCAACUAUAGAGGCUUCUGAUAUUUGUAUAAAGAAGACUGGUGGUAUUAGAAAGACUGGAAAAGCAGUUUAUGGAGAGCAUUUAGUGAGCAACCUCCAAAUCAAUUUACCCUUUCUCUAAUCAUUUUAUCUUGUAAAAACUGUCUUUUAAAUUAUCUCAAGUCUAUGUUUAUUUCUUGUUUAGUUUGUUUAGAAUUUUGAGCUAUUUAAUUGUACUCUACAUUAUUCCUUAAAAAAAUGUACUCUGCAUAAUGCAAAGUUGCCCAUUGAAUUUA